AUGCAAAUGAAAGCGAAGACAAUGCCAGUGGAAAUGGAAAAGGGGAAGAGGAAGAAUCAAGUUGUAGAUGACGAAGAAAAGGGCAUGCUACCGAAACUACACUUUCCUUCAAGCCAAUAUCAAAAGUCUUUAAAGCUUUCAGGAAAAUGUUACAUUGACUCGGCGAUAAGAACUAUUCAAACGAUCCUGAAAGCGAAGGAGGUGGAAUGGUUCAUAGAGCACCCACAAUUCCAGCAUUUCUUCCAUAUUAAAAACCGAAAGCAGAAGUGGAUGGGAAUGUGGGUUCUCGUUUUGCGAUCAGCUUGUGUUGCGAAGAAGCAUGAGUUAUGGUUUGUCGUUAAUGGCGUCGCAAUCCGAUAUUCUCUUAGAGAAUUAGGACUCAUUUCUGGACUAUACUGCCAUGAAUAUCCCCCCAACCAUGAGAGGUUGGGUGGUACAACAUUCAUGAACAAGUAUUUUGGAGGGAAAAGGGUAACAUACGCUGACCUGGAGAAGCAGAUGUUGGCGAUGAAAUCAAAGCCAUCUGAGGAUCGUAAGAAGAUGGCCGUUCUGUUCUUCUUAGCCAGCAUCCUUGUCGGAGGCCGAAAGAGUGGUGAGGGAGCAUCACCUGUGGACAGUUUCUUCCUGAGUGUUGUUGAUGACCUAGAUGCGUGUUUGUUGGCCUUUGAGGCAAUUCCAAGCUUGAGGAACCAUUUCCGAGAAGAUGUGAAUGGUGCAAAUAGUAGUUGCCCGCGGAUGUGCAAGAUGCAGUACAAACGGAAAAGUGGAACCAAGGAAUUCAGUCUGAAAGCUGUGAACGAUAAACUUGGUAAUAAUACAAAGGAUAUUGAGAGUAUCUUGGUAGCAACAGCAGCUGAGGAGGAACUUCUGGAAACCAUAGGAAUGGACAAGGAGAGUUGUUGGGCCGAUGACGCCGAUGAUGCAGCAGUUGAUGGUUGGACGAAGAUAAUACGGAAAGGGAAGAAACAAGUUUUCUUUGAAGAACAGUUCCGCAUGGAUUUAGAGUCUCGCACAGGUCAGAUUGAAGGUCCCACCAAUCCUAUCGGAGGACCAUCGAAUAAUGCACAAUCUGGUCAGGCUAAUGCUGAUUCGGUGGAGGUUAGUGGAACUACUCCUGGAGCUGAGGCUUUAAAAGCUAUGGAAGGUCGGCUUAUGAAUGCAGUCAGAGAUGCAGUUCGAGAUGCUAUGAAGGGAGUGAAUGAAAAAGUCACUUUAUUGUCUACGCAGCUAGGUCUGCUAGAAGAGGAAGUGAAAAGUCUUAGGUUGAGUGUUCCCGGAAGUGACAAUCCGGCGGUCCAAGAUGAUGGUGAUGGUAGUGACAAUAACGAGUCGGAAGAAGAGGAUGGUAGUGACAAUAACGAGCCGGAGGAAGAGGACGGUGGUGACAAUAACGAGCCGGAGGAAGAGGACAAUAAUGUUGAAGAUGCCAUUCUCGAAAUUUCAAAGGAUGUACAGAGGGAAUAUGGUGAUGUUGACAUGGAUGAUGAUGAUGCGGAGAUGUAUGCACAUGCUGCGGAGGUUAAGUUGGUUGGUGAAACUGUGAGGAGUCCCAUUCAGCUAAGAAGCAAGGCAGCAGCGAAGGAGGCAGAAGCUGAGAAGGAGGCAGCAGCUAAGAAGAAGGCAGCAGCUAAGGCAGCAGGUAAGAAGAAGGCAGCAGGUUUCACUAAGGUUCACAUUCAUAUAACACUUCAGUUCCUUCUGUUCCUUCAGUUCCCUCAGUCUGGAGGUAGAGGACACUUCGCCGCCGCGACUUCUUUUGGAACCAGCCAAUGA